UUCAAACAACCUCUAUCUAUCAUGCAGGCCGUAUUCUAAACUACAAUAUAACUUGAUCAAGAACAAUUCUUGAAAACAUAGUUGUAUUUUGUAAAAUGAUACACCCAGAUGCCGUGUACCUAAAAGUAGGUAGAGCCGUACGAUACAUUAAAAACAAUUUUUAUCGCUCUUUAACUCAUAGCUCUAAAUGAGUUCUUAGUAGAAAAAUAUCAGCGAGUAAGACAAUUUUAGAUACGCUUAUUUAUCGAGUUAUAGGUACAUCCGAAUAUUUAAGUUAUAAUAACGUCAUCUGUCCAUCACAAUGGAGUCAUAAAAGAGCAGUUAAUUAAAUCAAGAUGACUUAAAAUGCAGGUCAAAAUGUAGGUGAAAACAGGAUUAAAAACAAAAAAAAAAUUAAUUGAAGAAUAAUGUUAAAAUUAGGAGGGAUAAUAUGUAACAAAAAAUGAAAUAAAAUGAUGCCAAAUAGUCAUAAAGAAUAGAGGAUUUGGAAGACUAAAAAUGGGAAAUGCACAGCAAAGUCUACAACUGGCACCAUUAAAUUUCUUACAUGCAAACAUCUCUUCCAACUGUUUGGUAUGUUAGCAGUUUUAGGAGCAGAUUUCGGAGACAUUUAGAUGGGUUUUGUUCAAUCCUUUGGUCCAAACACAGAAAUUAUCAGAGGAUAGGAGAGAGAGAGAGAAGAGUAAAAUAAAUUAAAAUAAUUAAUAAGUAAAAAUAAAUUUAAAAAAAUCCCACAAAAAUAGACAUAGAAAAUACAGAGCCGGCCAUUGGCUCCAUUUUUUCACAUUUUUUUUUGACAACAAACAUCAUAUUGCAUUUUUCACACCAGAAUAUUCAACCCCAUGUCUUAAAAUCAUUAAUUUAUAUCAAAGUUCCAAUCUUUUUUGAAUAUUUUGAUGAUUCAGUUAUAUGGGUAUGUCAAAGUUUCAAUCUUUGAGACAAUGUGAGUUGUUAUGAUAACGAGGCAAAAAGAAGAGGAAAAAAGAUUGCAUUUUUACUUUUUCUUAGAAUUUUUUUGAGGAAAUUAUUUAAUCUAAGGAUGGAGAUAGAUGAUGGGAAGAGAGAAGAAAAAACAGGGAAUUAAGGAAUGAGCUGAGAUUAGGUAGGAAGAGGAAAAAGGAAGAUAAUGAGCAAAGAUUUUGCUGGUAUCUUCAAGUUCAAGGUAAAGAAAUCAGCCGCAUUAGCAGCAAGAAGAACAAAAACCAACAGCAUCUUUGCAUCAAUGUCUGUUGCCCACAUGGACGACGAGGACCUCGCCGCCACAGGGCCCGGGUCAAGAGCCGGGCCCGGGGAGGCGUACCGAGCCGAGACGGUGUUCACCAAUGGGGAUUUCUAUACAGGGCUGUGGAUUGAUAACCUUCCCCAUGGCAAUGGAAAGUAUUUGUGGAAUGAUGGUUGUAUGUAUGUAGGAGAAUGGCAAAAGGGUAAAGCAAUGGGCAAGGGUAGGUUCACUUGGCCUUCAGGAGCAACCUAUGAAGGGGAAUUCAAAAGGGGUUAUAUGGAUGGAAUUGGAACUUAUACUAAUGCAAAUGAGGAUUCAUAUAAAGGAUUUUGGUCAAUGAAUACGAAACACGGUAAAGGUUCCGAAAAUUUUGCAAAUGGAGAUUACUAUGAAGGGGAAUGGAUAAAGGGGAUGCAAGAAGGUCAAGGGAAAUAUCAAUGGGUGAAUGGGAAUUGUUAUGUAGGUCAAUGGAAAAAUGGAGUUUUUCAUGGUAAUGGUACUUUAAAUUUUGCUAAUGGGAAUGUCUUUGAAGGGUGUUGGGAGGAAGGGUAUCCUAAAGGGGAAGGUACUUACAAAUGGGAAAAUGGAAGUUGUUAUGUUGGUGUUUGGAGUGUUGAACCUAGUGAGCAAAGUGUCACCUAUUACGCGGCAAGUAAUGCUUCUGAUACUGGAGAAGGUGAAUGGGAUCCUCAAGAUUUGUUUAAUGUUGAUAUGAAUGAAUGCAAGAUUUACCCAGGAGAGGAGAUUACCAUGUUUCCAUCACAAAAGGUGGUCAAUUGGCCUAGUUUCAAUGGAAAGACAGCAAGGAAGUUGGUUGAUAGUAGGGCCUCGAAAGCAGGUUGGGAAUAUGAUCAAGAUGGCUCUCCUAAUGGUUUGAAUAGGAGAACUGGAGAGCGUUUGGAAAAUUCCAUGCCACGGAACUUUCGACCUAUUCUACUUCCAAAGACGAUCAAGAAGCAAGGGGAGACUAUCUGCAGGGUGCAUAAAAAUUAUGAGUUGAUGCUCAACUUGCAGCUAGGAAUAAGACAUUCUGUGGGAAGACCUGGGCCGCCAAUAAAGCGUGACCUGAAGUCUUCGGCUUUUGAUCCCAAGGAAAAAGUUUGGACGAAAUUCCCUCCAGAAGGUUCCAAGCACACUCCUCCCCACCCAUCUUGUGAUUUCAAAUGGAAGGACUAUUGUCCUUUGGUUUUCAGGACCCUAAGGACACUGUUCAAAGUGGAUGCAGCUGAUUAUAUGUUAUCAAUUUGUGGCAAUGAUGCCCUUCGGGAGCUUUCAUCUCCGGGAAAAAGUGGAAGCUUCUUUUACUUAACCCAUGAUGACAAGUAUAUGAUUAAGACAAUGAAGAAAUCCGAAGUAAAAGUGCUCCUUAGGAUGCUUCGAGCUUAUUAUAACCAUGUUCGCACUUUUGAAGACACUUUAGUAACCAGGUUCUAUGGUCUUCACUGUGUGAAGUUAACAGGAGCAACACAGAAGAAAGUAAGACUGAAUAAGCCACAGACAGUACUUCCAGUAAAUCUUAUGUACUAUCUGCUAUUUCUACUCAUAGUUUUGCAACUGAUGGAACAGGUUCGAUUUGUUAUAAUGGGAAAUCUCUUUUGUACUGACUAUGCAAUUCACCGGCGGUUUGAUUUGAAAGGCUCUUCGCAUGGGCGUACAACAGAUAAACCCGAGUCAGAAAUUGACCCAACCACCACCCUCAAAGAUUUAGACCUUAACUAUAUCUUCCGAUUACAGAAGUUUUGGUUCCAAGAGUUCUGCAGGCAAGUAGACAGGGACUGCGACUUCCUCGAGCAGGAGAGGAUUAUGGAUUAUAGUCUUUUAGUCGGUUUACACUUUCGAGAUUCUUGUGCAAAAACUUCAGAAGGAAAAGGAGAAAGUAAUAGUGACCUGAUAGCACCUCGGCUUUCGAAAGUAAACGAAACAGAUAAACUAGUUUUUGAUCCUAACCAGUGGGCAUCGAUUAGAUUAGGGAUCAACAUGCCAGCACGAGCAGAAUUGACAAUACGAAAAUCAGAAGAUGGUGAAUUUCAGGUAGUAGAACCAACAGGAGAGUGCUAUGAUGUUAUCAUCUUCUUUGGAAUAAUUGACAUUCUACAAGACUACGAUAUCAGCAAAAAGCUAGAGCAUGCAUAUAAGGCUUUCCAAUAUGAUUCCACUUCUAUUUCUGCUGUUGAUCCUAGGCAGUACUCAAAACGUUUCCGAGAUUUCAUUUACAAGGUAUUUGCAGAAGAUGGGUAAUGGAGAUCAACAUUCAUUCCACAAAAUUUAGCUUUCAGCUCAGAUGCUCGUUUUACAGCCAGGAUUUUCAUUGUAUCAGAAUUUAAGCAGGCGAUUCUGGCCAUCAGAGCAGGCAGCCGGGCAGCAUUCGGCAUGAACAACAUUUUAGGACACAUUCCCAUGACAAAUUGUUUUAGUGAAAAAAAGGUAUAGAUUAACCAAAAAAAAAAAAAAGGAAAUAUAGAAGCUGCUCCUCAAAGAUUAUUUUAACUGUAAAUUACAACUCCUAAAACUCGAAAGAUAAACAGAUUGGUUAGGCUGAUUCUUCUUACACCUCAAAAUUUCAUUUUAUUUUUUCUUUUGGUUCCAGAAAAAUGAAGAACUUGGGGGGUCAAAGUACUAGUUGGUAAUUGUACAGAAUUCAUUGAGGUAAACUUUUUGGUAGUAUAAUUUAUCUAACAGGAAAACGAAAUUCUUACAGUUUUCUUUAUGGUUAUCUCUUGUAUUUUGCGAUUAGAUAUAAUUAGGAGCACAUUCUAAGUCGAAUUUGCCAUAUGACUGCUAAGUCUUAUCAUAAUGCUCUCCCAAUACAUGGAAAAUGAAUUCAUGACAAAAUCACGCAUGCAAUCAACCAAAACAGUUGAGAACAAUACAAGGUGUUCAAAACACCUAAAACAUCAAACCAACAAACACAACCUGAACCUAUAAGUUUCACAUAAUCCUUCCCCACCUUCAAAUCUAGGAAUAAUUAAAAGAAACAUUAUUUUUAUUGUUUAAUAAUUCAACUAUUACAUUCUUAUAAAAAUACCUCAGGUUUACCUUUACCAUUUUUUCUUCCAAGUAUAAAAAUUCUGACUGAAGAUUUGUGUGACAGAAUCAUUGAAGUCAACCAAAACAACAUACUAGUAUACUACUCCGUAGUAAUAAAAGUUUAUAUAAAAAUAUUGAGCCACUAAACAAUAUUGUAAUAAAGUAAAGAUGAAUGGCCUGAAAAAGUUGAAUCCUCGACAGAAUUCUGAUGGUGAACGAUUGAGAUCCACUUACAGAAAAGAAGGAAGAAAAGACGGAAAACAACUAGGCCAGUGAUGUUUUCCAUUUUC